AUGCCUUCCGAAGCCGUCAAUACAUCAGUGGAAGGGCUGAAUGUCCUUACUGCCCAGGCUGUUCAUCUCCUGCAGCAGUUGGAGCCUGUUCUUCUUCAGAUCAACAGCGGCAAAGACACACCAGAGCCGACCGUCGACCAAGCAGCAUCGCAGAUUGACGCACUGGCACUGGCUCGCGAUUCCGCCACUCUCAUCCGUGCCCAUUCGACCAAGAUCUCCGUGUUGAUCAUCAAUGAGCCUUUUACGCCGUCAGCUAUAAAUAAGGUCCUUCGCGAGCUUGUCGGCAGCGCCAUCCAGGGAAUUGCCUCUGCUGCACAGACCUGCACAGCCGAGCGAUACACUUCCACCGUCAGGAAAGACUUGGCUUGGAAGUCCUACACGGUGCUAAAGGAGUUGAGGGAACUGCUCCAGAAAAUUCCGAAAGAUGGCAAAAUUCUCACGGGAGACAAGAAGACUGGGGCUGCGAGCAAGACUGGCAAGGGCAGUAUCAUAGCCACGGGAACCCUCUGGGCAGCAUGCGAUGAAGUCACGCGCUUCUGUAACGCCGGUGUGGGCGGCUGUUUUAUCAAUAAGGUGGAGGAGUUCCGCGCGACGCUCAAGGAUGUCAUGGAGGAGCUCAAAGAAUGGGGCGACGAAGUGCCCGAGGAUGAGGACGAGGACGAAAACGAUGAAGCUGGCGACGCUGAAGAUAACGACUCUGGACUUGGCUCCAUGAUGCCCUCAGCGCAAGAGAUGGUCGACGACAUCAUGGGCGCACAGCAAACAAUACCUCGCGACGACCCGGAUAAGAUUCGAGAGCGACUGGACUCGUGCCUCAAACGACUUCGUCUGACUACGCUGCUCUACCAAGCAAUUAUCAAGAGGAGACUGAAAAUCCUUCCUUCAUUCCCGACUGAACCAUCCCUGAAUAUUCCCCAGAGACUGGAUAACGUGAUGGACUUGCUGAGGAAGCUACCCAACCAGUUUGACGAACUGGCAGGUGCAUUCUACGAGUUGGAACCAGAUGAGAUCGACAGCGCGAUGGACCAAUGCUUUGUGGGCGUGCGCAAGAUUUCCGAUCAUAUGUUCAAGCCGUGGGCUGCGGACCGGGACGAGUUCUCGGACUGGGCCGAAAAGUUCCAGGAGCAAAUCAAGAAGUAUUAG